AAACACUUGAAUUUCUCUUUCCCUUCCUUCCACAGGGACCAAACAGCUUAAACCAACUCUGCUCAAAGACAAAAAUAUCAAACAACCUUAUUAAUGACUCGUACCAAAUAAUAUGCUCAAAUUUCAUCUUGAUUCUGUCGGCUAGCAAAUUUUCCCGAACCCAUUAUUAUUCCACAAUUUCUCUGAGAAAAACUGCAAGUCUUCUCUAGAGCGGUAGUCUAAUCAGAAUUGAACUCGAGGUUUGAAGAUUCAGAAUUUCUGGGAAAAGAUUAUGUUGCCCAGUAUCUCACCAAGGAUUUCUAUAUUUGUCUUUCCAUUAUUGGUGCACUAUGACAUUAAUUUCCACAUCUAAAAAAUAUGACCUAUGCCAACACUUCCACAAAUGUGGGAUGAUCCGUGCAGUUCGUUAAAAGCUUCAGCAUGACUCAGGAGAUUCCUAAUAUUGAAUCCCCAAGGAGACGAUCAGGUCUACUAAGAGAUCAAGUUCAGCUGGUUAAAAGAAAGGAUUCUGAUCGUUAUGAGAUUGUUCCAAUUCAAGAUACUCUAUCAUUUGAGAAGGGUUUCUUUGCUGUUGUUCGGGCAUGCCAGUUGUUGGCUCAGAAAAAUGAUGGGAUGGUAUUAGUCGGGGUUGCAGGUCCCUCGGGGGCUGGAAAGACAGUUUUCUCUGAGAAGAUCCUCACCUUUAUGCCAAGCAUUGCUGUUAUAAAUAUGGAUAACUACAACGAUGCAACUCGUAUAAUCGAUGGCAACUUUGACGAUCCUCGCUUGACAGACUAUGACACACUGCUUGAGAAUAUCCACGGUUUGAAAGAAGGGAGGCCUGUCCAAGUCCCAAUUUAUGAUUUUAAGACUAGCUCUCGAGUUGGUUACAGGACUGUAGAAGUUCCCAGCUCCCGCAUUGUUAUUAUUGAAGGGAUAUAUGCCUUGAGUGAGAAAUUGCGUCCUUUGAUAGAUCUUCGCGUCUCUGUUACUGGUGGAGUGCACUUUGACCUUGUCAAACGAGUUAUGAGGGACAUUCAACGCGCUGGACAAGAGCCCGAGGAGAUAAUUCAUCAGAUAUCAGAAACGGUGUAUCCUAUGUACAAGGCUUUCAUUGAGCCAGAUCUACAAACAGCACAUAUCAAAANUGUUAACAAAUUCAACCCGUUCUCUGGAUUUCAAAAUCCCACAUAUGUUUUAAAGUCAACGAAGCUGGUGACCGUGGAUCAAAUCAAGGCUGUUCUUUCAGAAGAUUGCAGAGAAACUACAGAGGAAACGUAUGAUAUAUAUCUUCUACCACCUGGUGAAGAUCCAGAAGCAUGCCAAUCAUAUUUGAGAAUGAGGAACCGGGAUGGAAAAUACAAUCUCAUGUUUGAGGAAUGGGUCACGGAUAGCCCCUUCAUUAUAUCACCAAGAAUUACUUUUGAAGUCAGUGUGCGCCUUCUCGGGGGUUUGAUGGCAUUAGGGUAUACAAUUGCAUCCAUCCUGAAAAGAAGCAGCCAUGUCUUCGUAAAUGAUAAAGUUUGUGUAAAGAUUGAUUGGCUGGAGCAACUGAACCGCAAGUAUGUCCAGGUAUGAAACCUGUAUGUUGGUUAUUCCGUGCAAUGUCUAGCACUUGAUUAUCUAGUUACAAAACUCCAAUAUCUUCUCAUAUUCAAUUUUUUUCAGUCUGAUGUGAUGAAAUUCUAAUUUAAAAGGUCCCCAGAUAAAAAAUCCUGUUUUUUUACGGCUAGAGUUGAGACCAUUCAGAAAAGUUUGUCUAUUUGAGGCAUGCUUACUCAUCAUUAAAUAUGAACUAUCUUCUUUUUUGUAAAACAGUUAUAUGCCACUGCUUAAUUAUUGAUUUUGAAGCAUAUCAAGCUAUGGCAAACAAUGAAAGGAGAUAUGGAUUGAGUAAUAUUCUUGAAGAAGUUUAAUUCACCUAAGAACUAUCUUCUGUUUGGAGGCACUAAAUAGGGGAACACACCCUCAUAGAAAUUUUAAGGAACAAUUUGUCACU